UUUUUAAGACACCUUUUUGUAUGAAAAAUUGAAACGAUCUUAGUGGCACAUUUGUCUUCUUAUGUAUCGCGUAUGAAACAGGUGGGGAACUCCUCAUGUUGAGAAAAGAAAGUCAUUCGAAUAACCGGUAAGAAACUCGUAUUCUUUAGUGGACACUCGUCUUUCUAACUGAACGGUCAACGCGGCGAGUACUUUCGUUCGCUUCUCUUUCUUUCUAAUUUUUCAUAGAAAGUCGAAUUUUGCAAUCCGAAGUGCCUGUAGAGUGCCGUACACGCGCGUGUUAAUGUGACAUGAAAAUAUCUUUCAUUUGACUUUAACAAUAAUUACUGCUACGAGGAUAACGUAUCAUCUUGCAUUUUUAUUUGCAUUUGCGUCAACUUAUCGCAGCUCUAUUACCAUUCUGCGUGUCUUUAUCCAUUCGUGGCGCUUUUGGCGAACAUUGGGAUUGGUUUUACCGGGAAUCGUGUGAUGAAACGGAUAAAAAGAUUCGUCUUGGCAGAAAAUGGAGAGAAGGAUCCAAAUUCGAGGAAGAAAUCGGAUUCAUGGAUGCAUGUCUCUAAAAUAGGCAUGGUGAAGAACGGCAGAAAUAAUUCCAAAUCCGAAGAACAAGGCAUGGAUGAAUCACGAAUGUCAACUUUAGGAUUUAUGCCCAGCAUGUCGCAGGGUACGGUGAUGAUUCAAGCGCAGAAUCGGUUGCAAGAAAAGGACUUCACCGUCGCUACACCCGAAGAAUUUGUCCAUCGCUUUGGAGGCACCCGAGUCAUCAACAAGGUGCUGAUCGCCAACAAUGGUAUCGCGGCAGUAAAAUGUAUGCGAUCGAUACGACGAUGGUCGUACGAGAUGUUUAAAAACGAGAGAGCCGUGCGUUUCGUCGUGAUGGUUACGCCGGAAGAUUUAAAAGCGAAUGCGGAGUACAUCAAAAUGGCAGAUCAGUACGUGCCUGUAUCCGGCGGGACCAACAACAACAAUUACGCUAACGUGGAACUGAUCGUCGAUAUCGCGAUACGUACUCAAGUCCACGCAGUUUGGGCCGGAUGGGGCCACGCUUCGGAAAAUCCUAAGCUUCCGGAACUGCUCCACAAAAAUAACAUCUGCUUUAUUGGACCAUCCGAAAAAGCCAUGUGGGCUUUGGGUGACAAAAUCGCAUCUAGCAUCGUCGCACAAACCGCGGAUGUGCCGACCCUUCCUUGGUCGGGAUCGGAAUUGAAAGCGCAUUAUAACGGGAAAAAGAUCAAGAUAUCGUCGGAACUUUUUAAAAAAGGAUGCGUCGCCAGCGUAGAGGAGUGUCUAGCAGCUGCUAAUAAAAUUGGCUUUCCAAUUAUGGUGAAGGCGAGUGAAGGUGGCGGCGGCAAAGGAAUUAGAAAGGUUGAAAACGCGGAGGAAUUGCCCGCUUUAUUUAGACAGGUGCAAACUGAAAUACCCGGCUCGCCGAUAUUCAUUAUGAAGCUAGCCAAAUGCGCUCGUCACUUGGAAGUGCAAUUGUUGGCCGAUAAUUACGGUAACGCGAUAUCAUUGUUCGGACGCGAUUGCUCUAUCCAAAGGAGACAUCAAAAAAUCAUUGAGGAAGCGCCAGCCGUGAUCGCCAAGUCGGAAGUUUUUGAAGAGAUGGAAAAAGCUGCUGUGAGAUUAGCAAAAAUGGUGGGAUAUGUCAGUGCGGGUACCGUCGAAUAUCUGUACGACACAGCCGGCCGAUAUUACUUCUUGGAGUUGAAUCCUCGUCUGCAAGUGGAGCAUCCUUGCACCGAAAUGGUGUCGGAUGUGAACUUGCCCGCGGCCCAAUUGCAGAUAGCUAUGGGUUUACCGUUACACCACAUCAAAGAUAUACGUCUGCUGUACGGUGAAAGUCCGUGGGGCGACAACUCGAUCGAUUUCGAUCAGCCGCGUCACAAGCCGCAGCCGUGGGGCCACGUUAUUGCGGCUAGAAUUACCAGCGAGAAUCCCGAUGAAGGCUUCAAGCCGAGUUCGGGCACGGUGCAGGAGCUGAAUUUUCGAUCGUCGAAAAACGUGUGGGGCUAUUUCUCGGUCGGAGCUGCGGGAGGACUUCACGAGUUCGCGGACUCUCAGUUCGGCCAUUGCUUCUCGUGGGGUGAAGAUCGGAAUCAAGCUAGAGAAAAUUUGGUCGUAGCCUUGAAGGAAUUGAGUAUUAGGGGCGAUUUUCGAACAACGGUCGAAUAUCUCAUCACUUUGCUGGAGACUGAAUCCUUCCAACAGAAUAACAUAGACACGGCUUGGCUCGAUUUGCUGAUCGCCGAGCGUGUUCGGAGCGACAAACCGGACGUCUUGCUAGCCGUCACCUGCGGAGCGCUUCACAUUGGCGACAGAACGAUCACGGCUGCUUUCACUGGAUUUCAGACGGCCCUGGAAAAAGGCCAAAUACAGGCUAGCAACGAUUUAGAUAACGUCGUUGAUAUAGAGCUUAUUAACGAUGGAUUCAAGUACAGAGUACAAGCUGCCAAAUCCGGCCCCAAUAGCUAUUUCCUUGUGAUGAACGGUUCUUACAAGGAGGUUGAGGUGCACCGCAUGUCGGACGGAGGGUUGCUGCUUUCGCUGGACGGCGCCAGUUUCACGACCUACAUGCGGGAGGAGGUGGACCGUUAUAGAAUCGUCAUUGGAAACCAGACGUGUAUUUUCGAGAAGGACAACGAUCCGUCCUUGCUGAGGUCGCCGUCAGCCGGCAAAUUGAUAAAUUUCCUGGUCGAGGACGGCGGCCACGUGGGCGCUGGCCAGGCAUACGCCGAAAUCGAGGUGAUGAAAAUGGUGAUGACCGUUACCGCCAGUGAGGCGGGCAGCGUCUUCUACGUGAAGAGACCCGGCGCGAUAUUGGAAGCCGGCACGAUGAUCGCCCAUCUCGAGCUAGACGAUCCUUCGUUGGUGACGAAGGCGCAGGAAUACACGGGACAGUUUCCCGCGCCAGUGGCGCCUGCCGUACCGGAGAAGCUCAAUCACCUUCACGCCAAGUAUCGGAACGCUUUGGAAAAUACACUGGCCGGCUACUGUUUACCGGAUCUGUAUCAUCUGCCGCGUCUGCGGGAGUUGAUCGAGAAGUUCAUGUGCUCGUUGCGCGAUCCGAAUUUGCCGCUGCUGGAACUGCAGGAGGUGAUUGCGACGAUAUCCGGCCGAAUUCCCGUCUCGGUGGAGAAAAAGAUUCGCAAGCUAAUGUCUCUGUACGAGCGCAACAUCACGUCGAUCUUGGCGCAAUUCCCCAGCCAGCAGAUUGCAGCCGUGAUCGACGGACACGCAGCGACUCUGUCCAAGAGAGCCGAGCGAGACGUCUUCUUCCUGACCACUCAAGCCAUAGUGCAGCUGGUGCAGAGAUAUCGGAACGGUAUACGCGGCCGAAUGAAGACCGCCGUGCACGAGCUCCUCCGGCAAUAUUACACAGUCGAGAGCCAAUUUCAACAGGGUCACUACGACAAGUGCGUUUCUGCGCUGAUAACAAAAUACAAGGACGAUGUGGCGACUGUGACCGGCAUGAUCUUCAGUCAUAAUCAAGUGACGAAGAAGAACGUUCUGGUCACUAUGCUGAUCGAUCAUCUGUGGGCGAACGAGCCCGGCCUCACCGACGAGCUCUCGAGCACCCUGACGGAACUGACCAGUCUGAAUCGUACGGAGCACAGUCGCGUGGCGUUGAGAGCCCGACAGGUGUUGAUCGCCGCCCAUCAACCCGCCUACGAGCUCAGGCACAAUCAGAUGGAGUCCAUAUUUCUCUCCGCGGUGGAUAUGUACGGGCACGACUUCCAUCCGGAGAAUCUGCAGAAACUCAUUCUUUCGGAAACGUCCAUCUUCGACAUACUUCACGAUUUCUUCUAUCACUCCAAUCGCGCGGUGUGCAACGCGGCCUUGGAAGUCUACGUGCGGCGUGCUUACAUCAGCUACGAUCUCACGUGUCUGCAGCACUUGGAGCUGUCCGGCGAGAUCCCGUUGGUUUACUUCCAGUUCGUUUUGCCCAGCAAUCAUCCCAAUCGCCAGAAUCAGUCGUUGGUGGAUCACAGAGCCGGCGCGAUGGCGGCCUUUCAGGAUCUCGACGAGUUCAGCCAGUACACAGACGAGAUUUUGGAUUUGUUGGAGGAUCUGUCGAGCCCCACGCCAGUAGUGUGCGCGAAACUGUUGGAGGCGGUGGAGGCCGGUGGCAGCGAGUCGCGGCAUAGCACGUCGAUCAACGUAUCGUUGAGCACGGGGGAGGCGACAGCGGCGGCGGCGGCCGCGACGGCGGCCGCGACCAACAAGUCCAUCGAGCCGGUUCACAUACUGAGCAUCGCGGUCAGAGAGAACGGCACCGAGGACGAUGCCACGAUGGCGAGACUGUUCGGAGAUUGGUGCGCGAACAACAAGGAGGAGCUGAUAUCCCGCGGCAUUCGAAGGGUGACAUUUGCCGCCCUCAAGAGAAGAUACUUCCCCAAGUUCUUUACAUUCCGUCAGCGAGACGGCUUCGUCGAGGACCGAAUUUAUCGGCAUCUCGAGCCCGGUUGCGCCUUCCAAUUGGAAUUAAAUCGCAUGCGAACGUACGAUCUCGAGGCUCUUCCGACUUCCAAUCAGAAGAUGCAUCUGUAUCUCGGCCAGGCGAAGGUCGCCAAGGGUCAGCAGGUCACGGAUUAUCGCUUCUUUAUUCGCUCGAUCAUACGACACUCCGAUCUCAUCACGAAGGAGGCCAGCUUCGAUUAUCUUCACAACGAGGGCGAGCGCGUUCUGCUCGAGGCCAUGGACGAGCUGGAGGUCGCGUUCUCGCAUCCCCUCGCCAAGCGCACCGAAUGUAAUCACAUUUUCCUGAACUUUGUGCCGACGGUCAUCAUGGAUCCCAGCAGGAUAGAGGAGAGCGUGACCAGUAUGGUGCUGCGAUACGGGCCGAGAUUGUGGAAGUUGCACGUCCGACAGGCGGAGAUCAAGAUGACGAUUCGGCCGGCGCCGGGAAAGCCGACCUCGAACGUGCGCCUAUGCAUCGCGAACGACAGCGGAUACAGCAUCGAUUUGCAUCUCUACACGGAGGCCACCGAUCCGAAAACGGGCAUUAUUCGCUUCGAGUCUUAUCCGCCGGUGGCGGCGAACGCGGCGAACUGGAGGCCGGGUCCGAUGCACGGACUUCCGAUCUCUACGCCGUAUUUGACCAAAGACUAUCUUCAAGCUAAGAGAUUCCAGGCGCAGAGUGCCGGCACGACUUACGUCUACGAUUUGCCGGACAUGUUUCGACAGCAAGUCGAGAAACUGUGGCAGAGGCACAUCGAGGAGAGACCGCUGAGCGCCGAGGGUCAGAACUCGAUCGCGAUUCCCAACCCGGUGAUGGACGUCGUCGAAUUGGUGUUGGAGGCGGAACAAUUGGUCGAGCAGAAGCGACUGCCGGGCGAGAACGACGUCGGCAUGGUCGCGUGGCGAUUGACCUUGUACACACCGGAGUGCCCGAACGGCAGAGAUGUCAUACUCAUCGCCAACGAUUUAACGUACUUGUUAGGCUCGUUCGGGCCACGCGAAGAUUUGCUGUUUUGCAGAGCUUCCGAGAGGGCGAGAUCGCUCGGGUGUCCGCGCAUAUAUUUCUCGGCCAAUUCCGGAGCUCGUAUCGGUCUGGCCGAGGAGGUGAAGGCCCACUUCAGGAUCGCGUGGGAGGACGAGAACGAGCCGGAGAAGGGCUUCAAAUAUAUCUACCUCACGCCGGACGAUUACGCGCGCCUGGCGCCCCUCAACUCGGUGAAGGCGUCGCUGAUCGAGGAUCCCGCGGGCGAAUCUCGUUACAAGAUCACGGAUAUCAUCGGCAAGGACGACGGUAUAGGAGUGGAGAAUUUAAAGUACGCCGGUCUGAUCGCGGGCGAAACGUCGAGAGCCUACAGCGAGAUAAUCACCAUCUCCAUAGUGUCGUGCCGCGCGAUCGGUAUCGGCGCUUAUCUACUGCGUCUCGGCCAACGGGUGAUCCAGAUUGAAAAUUCGCACAUCAUUCUGACCGGUUACAGGGCGUUGAACGCUGUGCUAGGUCGCGAGGUUUACGCCAGCAACAACCAGCUGGGCGGCACACAGAUUAUGCACAACAACGGCGUGUCCCACGCGAUCGACGCGCGGGAUUUGGACGCGGUGGCGACCGCCUUGAACUGGCUCAGUUAUUUCCCUAAAAGCAAAGGGGCACCGCUGCCGAUUUUACCGUCGAUUACAGACCCGAUCGACCGGGAGAUCACUUACAUGCCUACAAAAACGGCGUAUGAUCCCAGAUGGAUGCUGGAAGGCAGAAACUGCACCGAAACGAAUGUUUGGGAGAGCGGAUUCUUCGACCGAGGCUCUUGGCACGAAAUCAUGGGACCAUGGGCGCAGACGGUGGUGACGGGACGAGCUAGACUCGGCGGUAUACCGUGCGGCGUUAUCGCCGUGGAAACGAGAACCGUCGAGCUGCAUUUACCAGCCGAUCCUGCCAAUUUAGAUUCGGAGGCUAAGACCAUAUCUCAGGCAGGUCAGGUUUGGUUCCCCGACAGCGCGUACAAAACGGCGCAAGCUAUUCAGGAUUUCGGCAAGGAGGAAUUGCCGUUGUUCAUCUUCGCCAAUUGGAGAGGCUUUUCCGGAGGCAUGAAGGAUAUGUACGAGCAAAUUGUCAAGUUCGGCGCGUACAUCGUGGAUGGCUUGCGGCAAUACUCGAAGCCAGUAUUCGUUUAUAUUCCGCCGAACGGCGAGCUCAGGGGUGGCGCUUGGGCAGUCGUGGAUCCUACGAUAAAUCCUCGAUUUAUGGAGAUGUUUGCUGAAAAUACCAGCAGAGGUGGCAUUUUGGAAGCUGACGCAAUUGUAGAGAUUAAAUUCCGAACCAAAGAUAUAUUAAAGACUAUGCACAGGAUCGAUCCGAUCAUACAUCAGUUAAAAGAGAAAUUGUCGACCGCAAGCACGGAGGAACGAACUGAGCUUGAAGCGCAGAUUCGAAAGCGCGAGCAACUUUUGGAGCCCAUGUAUCGUCAAGCUGCCGUUCACUUCGCCGAUCUGCACGACACGCCGGAGAGAAUGUUUGAGAAAAAUACGAUUCAAGAGAUAAUACCGUGGAAAAAGGCACGGCCGCUGUUUUAUUGGCGACUACGACGAAGACUCCUGGAGGAAGAAAUUAAAGACGAAAUUUUAUCGACGCAACCUAAUCUCGACGUUCGGCAAGUAGGAGCGAUGCUACGACGCUGGUUUAUCGAGGAUAAAGGAGCAACGGAAUCCUAUUUGUGGGAUCAAGACGAGGCUACGGCUUACUGGCUAGAAGCGCAACGUAAAACCGACGACAGUGUCUUAUCGCGUAACAUAACGUGCGUGAAAAGAGACGCGGUGGUGACGCGUAUCAAAGAGGCUCUGGAAGUUUGCCCGGAAGUAAGAUUGGACGCGGUGUUGGAAAUUGUGCACAGAUUGCAGCCGACUGAACGGGCGGAGUUGCAAAGAACUUUAUCACAGUUAGAGACAACUGGACAGGAACACCACAAGGAUUCGUCCUGAAUGUAUUUGCGUAAGCGUCCCCUGCUCCGUGCUGUACAUUCCAGACAAUUAAUAUUAAAUGCACAUCAAUAGUACAAUUCGCUAAUAGUAAUUAUUCAUGUAACAUCUAAAUAUCCUGGUUAAAAGAAGUUAAUAAUUAAGUAGUCAGUUAUUUUGAAUAAUGUUUUGAAAAGUUUUAGCUUGCCAAACUUUGUAGCCGCGACCAAAGUGGAACGAUCUCACUUUAACAUCUGACAAGAAUCUCAACAAGUUAUCAAGUUAAAAGUUUGAGAGAUUUGGAAAAAAAAAACUAUCUUAUCAGUUUGUUAAAGGAGUUUGUCUCAAAUUCCUAAUAUUAAAAUAUUCUAAAUAUAAAUAAGAUAAUAUUGUAAAAAUAAAUAUAUUUAAAGAAAUGUCAUUGUAUCUUUCGACAAAAGUUAAAUUGAUUCUUCCUAAAGAAAGAUGUACUAAAAGAACAGUGUUUCUUGGUCAUAGUUUUCGAACUUGUAAUGAACGAAUUUUGAUCGACCCAAGGUUAAUUAAUUACGCCAUUGUAUCGUCUUUACCAAUAAGACUUGAAUUUAUAGUAAAAUAAUCAUUAAUUGAUCCAGGAUGGAUGAAAAUUCGUUCACUCGAAAACGUUAUUAGAUAGAAAUUAAACAUAUUUUCCUAAUCAAUCGUAAGUUUAAAGAUAAAUUUCUAUUAAAAUAAAUGACAGAUUAAUUAAUCUACACAAGUGAUGUCUGUAUUUAUUUAUAACAAUAUGCCGCUUUAAUAAAUCAUUUUUUAAUUUACAAUUUUUUAUAACUUAAGUUAUAUGUAUAACUUAACUAUUUUCCCACAUUUAGCAAUUUUGUACAUAUUUGUAAGAACAUGUACGCAUUUGUUUGCGGCAUUUUGUAUAUAAAUUACACACCUACACAUGUGCGUAGGUAUAUACACACA